AUGGCUCCUCCGUCGCGUGCAUUCGCCGACGCGGCUGCCGCUGCUCUUCGGGCUCUCCAGUGCUCCGGACCGGGAGCUGUUGAUGUCGCCACCGACACUUCGGGUCGUCGUCCGGCGCGCCAGGCUCGUUCGGCGGGUGCCCCCGCCCCUAUCGCCGCUGGUGCUGUGCCCCCAGCCCCGGCCGCGCCUGCAGGUGACCCUACGCUCAUUCCUGCCGCCUCCGGGACCUCGGUCGACCCUCCACCGGCUCCUCCAAGUAGUCCUGAGUCUGCUGCUGGGGCGACCGAGACUCCCUCGCCGGCAGUUCCCAGUGAAGAGGCUCCCGACUCGCCGCCGACACCGCCGCCAAGCGCCAGCGCUCCACCGUCGCCAACUCCCGCGCCUUCGGUCAUGUUGGCAACUCGCGGGGCGUCGGUGGGGGGCGAGGCAGCUGUAGGGGGUCGCGCCGGAGCUGGUGCUGGCCCGGCCGAGGUUCCUCCGACAGCGGUCGUCUUGGGCGAGCAACAGAUGCUGGAACUCGCUCGUCUCGUCGUGGGUGUUGUCCCUUCACCUCCAGCUCGAGUCAACGCUGCUCUCGACCACAGCCUGCAAGCUGCUACUAACGUCGGUGAGGCAGAGCUCUCCAACGCCAAAGAUAAACUCGCUGAAGAGAUGAACCUGCGGACCAAGUCGGACUACUUCCUCGUCUCGGCCAACUCCGAGUGCGACCAAGCUCUGGACCUCGACCAGGACAUGCGCUCGUUGGAGAAGCAGACGCUCGUUGCUGAGGCCGAUUCGGCCGCUGCUGUACGUCGGAACACCCAGCUCCACGAGCGUAUAAGUGCAAGCCUCGUUACCUACAACACUCAGUUAGAGAGGCUUCGGAAGCAGUUGGCCGACCGCGACCGAGCAAACGUCAUCCCUGCACGCAUUCAAGCGUUGACGGACGAGAACAACAGCUUGCGGCGAGCGAAUUCUAUCCUUCGUCGGCACUCGGCAGCACACGGACUCGACGUCGACACCUUGGUCCUGGCCUCAGCCGGCAUCUCCGCCGCAGAGAUUGAUUGGAAUCUUCUCGGGCUAUCCCCACCGACAGUCACUGUCGAGAGUCCACGCCAUGACGAACCCUCGUCAGAGGAGGGAGAGGAGUCCAAGACGACCGACGUGCCGAUGGCUGAGUCCACCGAGGCUACGUCCGCUCCCGCUGCUUCGGUGGGCGCUUCUGCUGGUUCCCCGGUCUCCACCGAGUCGUCAUCGCGCAAGCGGGGUCGGCAAACCGAGUCUGCUUCCGUCGGGAAUACGGCAUCCCAGCCUCCUCCUCACAAACGCUUCGACAGACCGUCAGUCGACCUGAGGGCCAGGGCUGCAGCGGCCGCCGCACCAUCUAGUCCUCGUUCUGCAUCAGGAGAGAUUUCCCCGCCUCCUCGGUCGAUGGUGCGUCCUCCAACGACGGCUCGCUCAAGCUGGUUGAAGUCUCAGCCUCUCCCGUACGAACACUCAGACGUCCCCUUGUAUCCGCGGCUGGCCAGUCGCGCCUCGCCUCCCUCGCCAGCCCCAGCCCAGCAGCAGGAAUCGUCUGACGUGGAGUUUGGAGGGGGUAUGAGUCCUAGCGACACUUCACAAGAUGACCUUGAGCCCGGCGAGAUUCCGGGGGUGUCGGCCAGCGCUCAGGGUGUUCAAGGUUCUGCUACCGAGCCUUCCGGUACUGUCAUCGAGGUUCCAUCCGAGGUUUCGCCUUCGGCGGCGACUUCCGUUCCUUCACCAGUCCCGUCUGGUACAGCCGUCGUUGGCCGUGCCCCUCGAGAAUCGGCUGCUGGGGUCACCGAGGGCUCUGGCGGCCCGCCAGACCGUUCACCUAGCGGUGAGUCGCCUCAUGAGUCCGAGACUUCCGAGGACCGCGCAGCGUUGUUCCUGGCGAUGUUCGGCCCCGACGAAAGAGAGGAAACCUCGGUGGCGCAACCUGUCGCUCCAUCGGAGGCUCCUUCUCCUCUGGUUGCCGCGACCGGGGUUCCUGUAGCUUCACAAGCGGCCACCGUGCCACUCCCGAGUCGACUCCACACUCGGUCGGCCUCUGUUUACGCUCGGGCGAUGGUAACAGCAACGGUGACAGCUUCACAGUGGGCUGGACCUGCGUCGAUUGCCCCAGCAGUGGUUGACGCUUCCGACGUAGCUCCUGGAUUGCGGAAGCUCAGUGGUCUUGCUACCCUGUUCUUGGAGCCGGGUUUCACGGCACCCGGAGCGUCGGAAUGCUGGCAUCUCAUCCAAAACGCCAGUGUCCCCCUCGUCUUCGAGGACGACUUGGUCGCCCCCAGUUCAGUGGAUGGAAUCGUGGAGUUUGGCUUGUGGACGGAUCCUGCUCACCCCUUCCAAGUGUUGCGCCAGCUUUUCCCAGACGAGCUUUAUUUGAUCGAUACGACGGGUUUUCCAUCCUCGGUGGCUAUAUCCCGUCGUGCAACUGGUCGGGCCCUUCUCGUUCGCCUAUGGCGGCAGGGGUACUCCUACCACUCCACCGAGAGGGGCGACCUUGGUUUCGCCUUGUGGGAGCGUCGCCACUGGAUUAGGGGUAAAGCUGUCAAGGCGUAUAUCGACAACCUCGUCAGCACCCUCGGUCAGCGCAACGUGCAAGUCCUAGCGCUUCGACAAGCGUGGUCCAAGUACCACGGAGAGCGCAGUUAUCGUGCAGAUCGCUUGCGAGACCAGAUGCUCCACAAGGUGUGGAAUGGGGCCAUUACGUACGACGGACAACCUCCACAGCGCCGCACCGAGGAUUUGCUGGAGCCGUCGUACCUGCAAUACUCGUUCGAGGUGAUGGAGUGGGUCCCCACUACCGACGACUGGGCCUCCGAGGUGGCGGACGUGGAUGCCCGCGAGCCGUGGCGUAACUGUUGGUUUCAAGCGCCGGCAGACCACCCCUACAACACGGCUUUCGCCCCUUGCAACGACGUCCCGUUGUUUGUCCCCAACGGAUCGACUCGGGAAACCGUGGCGUCAUCGGUCGUGGUCGAAUCUUCUCUGCGGACUUCGAUGGUGGUCGCUCCAUGGGUGGCCGAGUUCGCAAACGCUCGUCGUUCUCGCUCUCCAAGCCCCGAUGAGGAGACGAAGGAGUUGGGUGAAGCUUCUUCUGCCGCCGGGUCAAGUCUGGGCGUGUUGGCUCAGGCUGUGAUGGAGAUUUAG